AUUCAUUACUUCUUAUUAAAGCAGGAACUUGCCAUAUUGAGCAAUGGCUGAUGGAAUAGCCAUUGUUGGCAUUGGGUGCCGGUUUCCUGGCGCCACCUGCCUGGAGGAAUUUUGGGAUAUCCUUGCAAAGGGAGAGAACCAUGUGGUUGACAUCCCCCCUGAGAGAUGGAACAUGGAUGCCUUCUAUGACUCUGAUAUCAAUGCUGUAGGGAAGAGCUAUUCCAUAAGAGCAGGGCUAUUAAAGAACUUCGAUCACUUCGACAACAAACUUUUUAAAAUCAACGAAACCGAGGCUGCCCAGAUGGACCCCCAGCAGCGCCAGGUGUUGGAGUGCACGUACAUGGCUCUGGAGGACGCCGGCAUCACCAGACAACAAAUAGCAGGACAGAAAGUGGGAGUCUACAUAGGUUCCAUGACGGUGGAUUACGGGGACUUGAUCUCUACCAAAUCACAAGACGUCACCAACCACACUGUGACAGGCCAGGCCAGGUCUAUAAUAUCCAACAGGGUGUCCUAUUUGUACAACCUAACAGGAACUUCCAUGACCAUAGACACAGCGUGUUCCUCAUCCAUCGUGGCAUUACACCAGGCAGGACUUGCACUCAGGGCAGGGGACUGUUCUGUUGCAAUUUGCGGAGGUGUGAACCUGUUAAUUCACCCAGCAUAUUUUAUCAAGUUAAGCAAAGCUCAGAUGUUGUCUCCCACUGGACAGUGCCACGCCUUCUCAGCAAAUGCAGAUGGUUACACCAGAGGAGAGGGAUGUGGGGUUAUCAUCGUCAAACUCCUAAGUCAGGCUUUGCAUGAUGGUGACAAUAUUUGGGGAACUAUUGUCACGGGGUUGAAUCAAGAUGGCCGCCAGGUUACACCCAUCACAGCACCAUCAGGGAAACAACAGCAGGAACUGCUGAAUGACAUCUACACACGGUAUGGGAUCGACCCGACUGAAGUAGACUAUAUUGAAGCUCAUGGUACUGGAACCAAAAGAGGUGAUCCAGUAGAAGCUUCCGCUCUGGGAACCUUCUUUGAGAAGUAUCCACGCCAGCGCCACAUCGGGUCAGUGAAGACCAACAUCGGCCAUCUAGAAGCAGCUGCAGGUGUUGCCGGACUCAUCAAGGUCCUGUUGAUGAUGAAACACGACACCAUUGUCCCAUCCCUUCACUUUGACAAGCCCAAUGAAGCAAUAGACUUUGACAGAUUUCAGUUUGUAGUACCAACGGAAAAUACUGACUGGAAACGUCAUAAAAAGAUUGCAUGUAUCAACUCAUUUGGAUUUGGGGGUAGCAACAGCCAUGCUGUGUUAACAUCGUUCACAAUGGAGACACCGGUUAUGAAUGACAUUGCGCUACCAGUUUGUUUUUCAGGCUCCAGUGAGAAAACGUUAAACAAGUCAAUAGCAAAAUUCACUGAAAGUGGUAACAGUUCUUCUUUCAGUGCUGUUGCUUACACUUCAUGUAUGGCAAGAGAACAUUUUCCGUUCAGAAAAGCUUUCUUUCCAAACAACCAUUCUAUUCUGAUAUCUCAAAUACAAGAAGAGUUACAAAAGAGAAACCAGCCAUCUUAUUCGGAAAAAGCAAACAUUGUAUUUGUUUUCUGUGGCAUGGGAACAGCCUGGGAAGGAAUGUGCAAUGAUCUCAUCUCCAACAAUGAUCAGUUUAAGGAAAACAUUUUGGAAAUUGACAAAUCCCUCUCCAGGUUUGUACAAUGGUCCCUGAUGAAGCGGCUCCUUGAAUGUGAUGAUGUGAACGAUCCUCUGUUCGGUCCAAUAGCCAUUUUUGCUUGUCAGGUGUCUCUCGCUCACCUGUGGGAAACCUGGGGGGUGAAGCCUGCAGCUGUUGUAGGUCAGUCAGUUGGGGAGGUGGCUGCAGCACAUGUUGCAGGAAUCCUGUCCUUGGAUGAAGCUGUGAGGGUCAUCUACCACAGGACUCGGAUCCUGGCUGAAGCCACAGGCGGAAAGAUGAUGCUUGUCCGGAAUGUUGAGACAGAACAAGUAAAGACAGCCUGUAGGAAAAUUCAGAGUAAGAUAGAUGUAGCUCUUUAUUACAGCCCGAUUUCCUGCACCGUCAGUGGGGAUGAGAGGUCCGUUCAGUUAGUCAAAGAGGAUUUGAAGCAUUCUUCAGAUAGUAAUGCACAGUAUCAUGAGCUCCCUGUUACAAGUGCGUUCCACAGUCACUUUAUGGACUCAGCAAGAGUUCAGCUUGAUGAAAUCUUAUCCGAUAUCAAGACAUCUGAGAUGACAAGCAGAUUUGUCUCGACAGUCGAUCCUGAUAUGGAUGAAAGUACAGUCAUGUCAAAGAUCUAUUGGGGCCUAAAUGUAAGAAGUCCUGUUAGAUUUUGUGAUGCAAUCAAAAGCGCCGCACAAACAUCCAAAAUGAACAUUUUUGUUGAAAUAGGCCCACGGACUGUACUUAAAUCACAUCUACGGGACAUCUUCAGAGAUUCUACCCCCUCUGUCACAUCCAUUCCUUCUCUUCACCCCAAAGCGAGUUACGGUGACAUUCUGCAGUCACUCAUCUUGAUGUAUGACUAUGGAGUUAACGUCAAAUGGGACGCUUUCUUUCCUGAUAAGAUGCAAAUAACAAGCUAUCCAUCUUAUGUCUUCAAUACUAAGCCCCUGUUAGUGGUGUCUGAAAGUAAACAACAAAUGCUCAAGGGUCAGAAGGAAACUGAAGGAGAUCACUUGUUUAUCAAAGGCAACACAUUGUCAGCAAGCUUAGUCAUUGACCCUCAGAGAUUCAAGAGUGUUUUUGAACACAGAGUAAAAGGAGCAAUCAUUUUACCAGGUGCCGUCCAUGCUGAGGCAGCACUUGCUUUAGCCAGAAUGAUUGACAUGUACCACCUAUGUACAAUCAGUGUUUCUGUGGCCUUCAGGAGCCCAGUCAAUCUGAAAUCUGGAACAGUGACAAACCUGGAUAUAAAACAAUCUCACAGUGAAGUUGACUCCAGCAUUUUGAGUACAUUUGUUUUGAAGAAUGGAAGGACAGUCCACGCAGAAGCGAUAAUAAGGCAAACACCUGCGGAUGAAACUCCAGAGAGAGUUGACCUUGGGCCAAUCAAAGAAAGAUGUAAACACUACUUAACUGGAGAGGAAGUGUAUCAACAUUUGGCAGCCAAUGGUUUCAACUACGGUGAAAUGAUGUCCGUUAUUUCAGAACAUUUGAUAGUCAAGAGGAAGACAGACAGAAAGAUGUUUGUGCAUUUGAAAGUGUUACAUGAAAGUGAAUGGUAUGUGUGCCAUAGCCUGUCACUGCUGACAACCGAAGGGUAUGUCAUUGCACACGUUGGAAAAUUUACAUUGAAAGCCAUGGGUAUAGAGUCCUUUGAUGUCAGGAGUGUUGCAUACACAAUUGAAGCAGAAGAAAUACAUCCUGAGCAUGACACUGACAGCAUAACAAACCUUGUUAUGUUUAGUGAUGAGAUGUCUAUGUCAAAGACCCCACACUAUCCAUGGACAGUUCACCAUAUGUCCAUUUUACAUGGCGAUAGCUAUGUUGCAGACCUUCGAGAGUCAUCUGGAAUAGUAGUACUGUUUCAAUCCAAGCCUCACUUUGUUGACAAUGGAAUGGAAAUGGAGAAAGAAUUGGAGGAGAAGAUCAUGCCUUUAAGAUCUCUUAUACUUAAAAUGUCACAGCAUGCCAUCAAGACACCCUUGCUCAUUGUCACAAUGGCAACACCAUUAGACUACCAAAGCCCAGAUAGAAAAUCUCAUGCACUUGCUUGCAUUCACGAAAGUAUUCGGGCAUACAUCAGAUGUGUUAGAAGGGAAUUCACAAGGCUAAAUGUAAAAUCACUGGAUCUCAAUGUUGGUAACAUGGACCAAUACGAUGCAACUAUCAUAAUGUCUGAAAUCUCGCAAGUCUUGAAUGUCAAAGGUCAUGCUGAAUUCGAAAGCCUUCAUAGACGAAUGUAUGGACAGACGUUUCAAAAGGAACCCGACUCAACACCGCCAUUUAGAGUGGACAGAAAGAUGGCCAGUCUGGACACUGUCCUCUAUUCAACUUCCUCUGAAGAAAUAUCACAGCUUUUCUUUACAAUGUCAAGAAACAUGCAAGAAAGGGGCAAAGAUGACAUUUUGCUUUCUGCACAGUGUGUAGCAGUUCACACUAAAUUCCUGUCUGAACAAGUUCUGUAUCCUCUUGUCAAUGGAGGCUACAUGGGAACCAGCAAGGGAAAUCCUGUAGUUACAUUUGAAUCAACUGGCUUUGCAAACGGAAAUAGCAGAAGAAAGAUGUACAUUGCCUGCUAUCCACAACAGGUGAGAUAUGAACACUAUGUCCCGAUGAAAUUUGCACUGAAUGUCAAACACUUAGGAGGUCAUUUUGAGACAGGAUUUAUGCUGAAGCUGUACUGUCUAUGGCGAGUGUGUGGUGAGUGCAGCAUGAAAGAUGUGGUUAUACUCUACUCACACCAGACAAGGAAAAAUGCAGAAGUGAUGGAAAUCAUAUUGCUGUCAAAACAAACCAGGACAGUUUCUUUACUGACUCCAGAAGAAAUACCAAGCCACAAAGGACAUCAUGUUCUCAUAUCAACUACUCAAAUUACAACAGAACUAGCACAACAGAUUGUCCUUGCAUGGGACUGUCUUGAACAGCUGAUAUCCUUAGAGAAGCUGAUAUCACUCAAAGUGAUAAAUUUGCUAAAGUCUGUAAAGCCAAGACUGAAAAUAGCAAUUGUCAGGACCCAAGAGUUCCUUGCCUUCUGUCAAAUGGAUGAACAUAUUCCAAAGCUAUACACAUGGAUAAAGAAAAAUAAACAGAAUAUCACAAAGAUAUGCGUUUCGUUUAGGGACUGCAACUACAUUGCCUUGAAUCACCACCACAGUGCUCCUAUUAACAUCGCAGAAAUCCUAGAAACAUGGGAGUUCAACAUGCAAGAGAACAACAACGUCACGACAACACAGUUAAAGGUACCUGAGAUUCUCUUGUUUGACAGAAGGGGAAUGUACAUUGUUGUGGGUGGAAUGACAGGACUAGGAUGUGAAUGUGUCUUGUAUCUGGCAUCCAAAGGUGCUGGGUGCAUUACUAUUAUCAGCAGACGUAAUCCAGAUCCAAACAAACAAGAUGAAAUGAAGCAUGUGUCCGAGAUGUAUGGAUGCAUUGUUACAUCUCAGUCAGCUGAUGUUCAAGAUAUCAAGGAAAUAGGAUCAGCUUUGAAGAAGCUAGGAACCCGUUUCCCUGCCUAUAUUUUGAAAGGAGUUUUCUUUGGAGCUGCUGUUCUAAAGGAUGGAAUUCUUUUAGAAAUGACGAGAGACAAAUUCAAGGCAGCUUCUUCUCCCAAAGUUACUGGAUCCUGGAAUCUGCAUAUCCUGACAGAGCAUCUCCCACUGGACUAUUUUGUGCUGUUUUCAUCAGUAGUAUCUGUCUUUGGAAAUGCUGGACAGACAAACUAUGGUGCUGGGAAUGGAUUCAUGGAUGCCCUAGCCCAUGUCAGGAGGCAAAAUGGCAACUGUGGUCAGACUGUUAACUGGGGUCCUCUGAAUAUGGGCAUGCUGCAAGAAAGACAUAUAAAACAAAUGGAAUCGUUUGGAUACGUUCUGAUACACAAGAGAAGUAUACCUGACUGUCUCACACACAUCCUCAUGUUGAAUAAGCCACAGAUCAUUAUGUGCGGUCUCCAGUUGGUAAAAUUUGGACAAAGCCUUCAAAGAGAGACCAAUGUGGAACUGGAGUCUCGAUUUAGAUCGGUCUUGUCUCCAUUUAAGGCAGCAAUGUCUUCAGCUUCACCAAGUAAUGUGGAAACAUUUAACUUUGAGGAAAUGAAGAAAAUGUCAAAGGAAAAUGUUCUACCCAAACUUGUGAAGUACGUGAAGGCUGUGGUUAUUGAUGUAGCUAUGCUUGACGAAUCCUCUCUAGAUGUGGAGCAAGGAACCAGAGAUCAGGGAGUUGACUCAAUGAAUUUCAUGCAAAUUACUGGGGAAAUCAUGGAUGACACAAACGUACAGCUAUCAUCAACAAAAUUGAAUGUUGAAAACGCAUCGGUGUCUCAAAUCUCAAAGUACAUUUAUGAUGACUGGAUGAUCAAAGGGAAUGGUGAUCAGAAACAUGAGCAGUCUCUUCCAGUCAAAGAUUCAUUAGAAUCUGACGCAGUUCUUACCUCAGGUGAACAAGCCAACGUCUGUCAAGAAAAUUCUCCAGGAAAACGUCAGACGACACCCAAUCUGCAUUACAACUUUUCAUGA